CAAUGCUGCUACCAUCUCCCAUAACAGAGUAGUGGAACGUCAUCCAUCAUAACUUUUGCUUCCUUUCACAAAUCACAAAUACAGGGAAGCCGAUCAACGCGUAGCGAGAUGGACGAGAAAUACGCAGAGCUGAGACAAGCGGUUGAAGCGGCGGAGCUCGUUGACGCUCACGCUCACAACAUCAUAACACACGCUUCUACGAUUCCGUUCCUCAGUUGUUUCUCUGAAGCUUCCGGCAAGGCUUUAUCCUUUGUCCCAUCUACCCUUAACUUCAAGAGAAGCUUGAGGGAUAUUGGUAAAUUGUACUGCACUGAGUUCUCUCUUGAAGCAAUAAAAAACUGUAGAAGUGUAUCUGGAAUAGCAACACUCAGCAAUACAUGUUUCGAAGCUGCAAAAAUCUCUGCUGUACUAAUAGAUGAUGCAAUUGAGUUGGAGAAUAUGAUUGAUACUUGGCAGCAUAAAUAUAUUGUACCAUUUGUUGGUAGAAUACUGAGGAUCGAGCGUCUAGCUGAGCAAAUCCUUGAUGAAGGAAUAAAAAAUGGGAAGAGUUGGACACUAGAUACAUUUACCGAUACUUUCAUAGGAAGAUUAACAUCAUAUCCUUUCAGACUUUUAAGGAGCUAUGAUUUGGACACAUGGCGCAUUGUCAAUGUGGUUGCCUUAAAAAGUAUAGCUGCAUAUCGCAGUGGCCUUGACAUUAAUCCGAAUGUCACCAAGAAAGAGGCUGAAGAGGCACUUGCUCAAGUCUUGGUUGAUGGAAAUCCUGUUCGCAUCACAAACAAAAAUUUUAUUGAUUAUAUCUUCGUGCGUAGCUUGGAGUUGGCCCUGCGUUUUGACUGGCCCAUGCAGAUACAUACAGGCUUUGGAGACAAAGAUUUGGAUUUGAGGCAGGCUAAUCCCCUUCAUCUCCGCAAUCUUCUAGAAGACCCUAGAUUCUUGGACUCUCGAAUAGUGCUGUUACAUGCAUCCUACCCUUUUUCAAGGGAAGCAUCAUAUUUGUCAUCCAUAUAUCAUCAGGUGUACCUUCAUUUUGGUUUGGCUAUUCCAAAGCUUAGUGUCCAUGGCAUGAUAUCGACAAUGAAACGACUUUUGGAGCUAGCACCAAUAAAAAAGGUGAUGUUCAGCACUGAUGGAUGUGCAUUUCCAGAAACAUUUUACCUAGGUGCAAAGUGGGCACGAGAGGUUAUAUUCUCUGUUCUACGCGAUGCAUGUAACGAGGGCGAUCUUUCAAUUCCUGAGGCUCUUGAAGCUGUUACCGAUAUCUUUUCUGCAAAUUCAAAAAAGUUUUACAAGCUCGAUGUCAAAUGAUUAAAUCAUAUUGCCAUGUCCUUCCAAAUUUCAUUUACAAUAUUCUAUCAAAAAUCACAUAGCUGAAUGUCUAGGUUUGCGAG